GUUGGCGGGCCGCACAGGAGAGGACUGUCACUGUGGACUCACCGAGCUCACUGACCCGGGACACCGGCCUCUGGGGAACAUCAGGGCUCCUCCUCCUCUGGCUCCACGGCUCCCGAUCCUGGGUGAGCAGCGUUUGGGGCAGAGGACGAUGUCUGCGAGAACCCACCGGGGUCCCCCGGAGAACUGGGCACCUCCGUUCGCUUGUCUCUGUUGCGUCUCGGCCGUGCUGGGGAUGCUGUGGUCCCCCGUGUCUCUGGCGUUCAACUUGGACGUAGACAAGCUCACGGUGUACAGUGGCCCCGAGGGCAGCUACUUCGGCUACUCGCUGGACUUCUACAUACCUGAUGCGCGCACAGCCAGUGUCUUGGUGGGGGCGCCCAAAGCCAACACUAGCCAGCCGGAUAUCGUAGAAGGGGGAGCUGUCUACUACUGUCCCUGGCCUGCAGAGAGGUCUGCACAGUGCAAGCAGAUACCCUUUGACACCACCAACAACAGGAAAAUCAGAGUUAAUGGAACCAAAGAGCCUAUAGAAUUUAAAUCAAACCAAUGGUUUGGAGCCACAGUGAGAGCUCACAAAGGAAAAGUUGUGGCUUGUGCCCCUUUAUAUCACUGGAGAACUCUGAAGCCUAAUCCAGCAAAGGACCCGGUUGGCACAUGCUAUGUAGCAAUUCAGAACUUCAGUGCUUACGCUGAGCACUCACCCUGUCGGAACAGCAACGUUGAUCCUGAAGGCCAAGGUUACUGCCAAGCCGGCUUCAGUCUAGACUUCUAUAAGAAUGGAGACCUUAUAGUGGGAGGACCUGGAAGCUUUUACUGGCAAGGUCAGGUGAUCACGGUCAGUGUAGCAGACAUCAUUGCAAAUUACUCAUUCAAAGACAUUCUUCGAAAACUGGCAGCAGAAAAGCAGACAGAUGUGGCUCCAGCUUCCUAUGAUGACAGCUACCUUGGAUAUUCAGUUGCUGCUGGAGAAUUCACUGGGGACUCUCUGCAAGAAUUGGUUGCUGGAAUUCCAAGAGGAGCACAGAACUUUGGAUAUGUCUCCAUCAUUAACUCCACAGAUAUGACCUUCAUUCAGAAUUUUACUGGUGAGCAGAUGGCAUCUUAUUUCGGAUAUACUGUUGUGGUAUCAGAUGUUAACAAUGAUGGCAUGGAUGACAUAUUGGUCGGGGCACCUCUCUUUAUGGAGCGAGAAUUUGAAAGUAACCCUAGAGAAGUGGGUCAGGUCUACCUGUACCUACAAGUGAGCGCCCUCCUCUUCCAAGACCCACAGGUCCUUACGGGCACAGAGACUUUUGGGAGAUUCGGUAGUUCUGUGGCCCACUUGGGGGACCUGAACCAAGAUGGAUACAAUGAUAUUGCCAUCGGUGUGCCCUUUGCAGGCAAGGAUCAAAGAGGUAAAGUCCUCAUUUACAACGGAAACGCCAGAGGCUUGCACAGCAAGCCUUCCCAAGUUCUGCAAGGAAUAUGGGGGUCACAGACCAUCCCUUCUGGAUUCGGCUUUUCUCUAAGAGGAGACGCAGACAUAGACAAGAAUGAUUACCCAGAUUUACUUGUCGGGGCAUUUGGAGAAGGGAAAGUGGCCGUGUACAGAGCAAGGCCAGUUGUAACAGUGGAUGCCCAGCUUCUGCUGCACCCAAUGAUUAUCAACCUUGAAAAUAAAACUUGCCAGAUUCCAGAAUUCCCGACUCCUGUGGCCUGCUUUUCUUUAAGAGUCUGUGCAUCUAUAGCAGGCCAGAGCAUUUCAAAUACAGUAGCCCUGAUGGCCGAGGUGCAGUUAGAUUUCCUGAAGCAAAAAGGAGCCAUCAAACGGACCCUCUUCCUCCACAACCACCAGUCCCACCUCAUCUUCCCCUUCGUGAUGAGGCAGCAAAAAUCCCUCCACUGCCAGGAUUUUAUGGUUUACCUUCGAGAUGAAACUGAAUUCCGAGAUAAACUGUCUCCAAUCAACGUUAGCCUGAACUACAGUUUGGAUGAUUCCACCUUUGAAGAUGGCCUGGAAGUGAAGCCGAUUUUGAACCACUACAGGGAGAAUGUCGUUACUGAGCAGGCUCACAUCCUGGUGGACUGUGGAGAAGACAACCUCUGUGUUCCUGACUUGAGGCUGUCAGCUAGACCAGAUAAGCAGGAGAUAAUUAUUGGGGAUGAAAAUCACCUAAUGCUCAUAAUCAAUGCAAGGAAUGAAGGAGAAGGAGCUUACGAAGCUGAACUCUUCGUCAUGAUUCCCGAAGAAGCAGAUUACGUUGGGAUCGAGCGCAACAACAAGGGACUGAGGCUCCUGAGUUGUGAGUACAAGAUGGAAAACGUAACCAGGAUGGUGGUGUGUGACCUUGGGAACCCGAUGGUGACUGGAACGAAUUUUUCUCUGGGCCUCCGAUUUGCUGUUCCUCGUCUUGAGAAAACAAACAUGAGUAUUAACUUCGAUCUCCAAAUCAGAAGCUCCAACAAGGACAAUCCUGACAGCAAUUUCGUGAGCGUGCAAAUCAACGUCACUGCCGUGGCUCAGGUGGAAAUCAGAGGAGUGUCCCACCCUCCCCAAAUUGUUCUGCCCAUCCACAACUGGGAGCCAGCAGAGGAGCCCCACAAAGAGGAGGAAGUCGGUCCUCUGGUUGAACAUAUUUAUGAGCUGCACAAUAUUGGACCCAGCACCAUCAGUGACAGCAUUCUCGAAGUGGGCUGGCCAUUCUCUGCACGGGAGGAGUUCCUCCUCUAUGUCUUUCAUCUUCAAACUCUGGGACCUCUACAAUGUCAAACAAAUCCUGAGAUCAACCCGCAGGAUAUAAAGCCUGCUGCCUCCCCAGAGGAUACCCCUGAGCUCAGCGCCUUCUUAAGAAAUGCUACAAUUCCCCAUCUUGUCAGGAAGAGGGAUGUGCCAGUGGUCCAGCCCCACAGACAGAGCCCGGCAAAAAUACUGAACUGUACCAACAUUGACUGCUUGCAAAUCUCGUGUGCAGUGGGUCGCCUGGGAGGAGGAGAAAGUGCAGUUCUGAAGGUCAGAUCGAGAUUGUGGGCGCACACAUUCCUCCAGAGAAAGAACGACCCUUAUGCUCUUGCAUCCCUGGUGUCCUUUGAAGUCAAGAAGAUACCUUAUAAAGAGCAGCCAGCAAAACUGCCAGCCGGGAGCACAGCGAUUAAGACAUCGGUUAUUUGGGCCACUCCAAAUGUCUCCUUCUCAAUUCCACUGUGGGUCAUAAUACUAGCGAUCCUUCUUGGCUUGCUGGUUCUGGCCAUCUUAACUUUAGCUUUAUGGAAGUGUGGAUUCUUUGAUAGAGCAAGACCUCCUCAGGAUGAAAUGACAGACAGGGAACAACUGACCAGUGACAAGACCCCGGAGGCUUGACUUGGAACCAUGAACACCUAAAAUUCAAGCACUGGUCCUGUUCAAAGAAAGAAAGAAAGAACACAAGGGUUGAAUGAUCAUAGCCUUCCACACCUGCCAAUGACCCAGGGAAUGGAAGAGUCCCUAAUCUGUGUAACGCAUUGGCAGGGACUACAGAGAACCCCACCGGAAAAGAAACACAGCCACCAACACUGUAGGAACAAUCCACAGCCAUGAAGAUUUCCUUUGCUCUCACCCUUUCACAUCUGGCCAAUAUUCUGGAACAGCUGUAGGAACUCAAACAACUGUCCAGAUCAGCCCAAUGUGACUCACAAAAACACAGUUCCUACAGAGACGAGAUGGACCAAGAUCGAACACUACUGUAAUCCGAUGGCGUCUCGGACACCCCCCUAUGGAAGAGAACCCUUUCUAAGGAUGUGAUGGCUCAGGGAGAAAAGCAGAUACAACGUUGGGACUGUGAAAGUGCUUGCAGAACUACAAAGAUGAUUUCACUAAGGAAGGACCAAAAAUGUAUUUAUUUAUGUUUCGUUUCUCUAGGUAGAAAAUUGGGCCAUCUAGAGGAUUUGGAGAGGACGAUUUGGUUAGCUAGAUUUCAUCAGCACUCAACUUACUCCCUCUUAAGAUAACUGUUCUGUGCAGAUAGCGUGUUUAAUUGGGCUUCUUCAGGUGUUAGAUGAUGUUACACAUGGUUUGGCAUUAGGGCUCUUUUGUGCUUAAUUUCCUGCUGCCUGGAGUGACAUUCCUUCAUGUUCUCCGGGAACUCAUGUCUGCAUAAUUCAACUUUACAAAAUCUUAUAUUUAUAGUUCAUUUUAUAUGUGUGAAAAAUCUAUUUCCACUGACUUCUUUAAAGCAUUCAUUUCAAGGUACUCACUACCCUGAUGCUGUUGAAAACUACUAGCACAAUUUGUAGAGUCCAUAUAAAAAAACAAUUUAACUAUAUGGGUGAAUAUUAUCUUGAUAGCUAUUGUAAACACCAACAUUUACCUUGAAAUUUACACACUUGUUUUCAUUGUAAUACCUCACAUUCAUGUAAAAGAGAAAAGUGUGUUGAGCAUAAAUAAGAUAGAAAUAUAUAAAGUCAUACAAGUAUGAGCCAGGCAGACACACACUCUUAAGGACCUAACAAUGUUUAUUACAGCUUUAUUAGCCACUCUUUAUGGUUAAUCUGUCCUAGCAAGUAAUCUUGGAGAAUAAUCUUUUAUAUUUAAGCUAUUUUACCAUCAUCUUUACUUAAACGUUGCUUAAAGCGCUUGUAAAUAAUUCAUAGUAAUUCGUAAUGUUAUGAUUUUGAAGUACUAUUGAACAGCCAAAUUCAUAAGAUUACCUGCACACUUUUAUAUCCUUUUUAUAAUAAUGAAAAAUGCUACGGAGAAAUGCUGAACAAAAUGUUAUGUGCAAUAUUUUAUAGAACUAUGUAUCUGAGGCAUGUUUACACUGGCAUUAGUUUCUUUUUUUUUAAUUAAUAUCCUGAAUACUAAGUCUGAUAUAACAAGCUGACCAAACGUUUACAAAGCAGUUGGGAAAAUCUGUGUCUCAGUUUCACCAAUGACACUCUUUUUGAAAGACGAUCCAAACUCACAGACAGUAAACAUGAUGUGGUGCCUUAACCUGGAAAGGAGCCAUUUGGCUUCAGUUGCCUGGAAAGCAAAUGAAAUGCAGAGUCGAAGAUCACUGCUGUUCACCUUGCCCUGCUUGUCAGUUAACCUGUCCUGAUAGCUGCUUUAUGUCUAUCAGGAAAUCAAAUAUGGUUCCCCGUCGAUAUGGCUAGUGCCUAGGGAACACUACACUGGCCUCAGAGAGUCACACACCAGCCUCUGGGGUUGUCUUUACUGUUAGUCUUUUCUGUAAGACAUUUCAUAAGCAGAACGCUAUCUAUAUGCUAUCAUUUGAGGGAUGACAAACAGCUCACUCUACACUUUUAACGCUUGUGAUUUCUGAGGUGAGACCAAUACAAACUCUUCAGAAGUUUAGAAUGCAUCUCUGAUCUUAAAAGAACUCAGAGAACUCUUAGGGCAAAGCACAGGAACUGUGGGAGACAGCCAUGUGGGAAAAACUAAAGAUGUCAGGGACCAACACAGAAGGUAUGGGGAUAUCAAAUCCAACUAUGGCUUCCCAUGGUCUCAACUGUGGAAGCGCAGGGGGCCGCCAUACACAUGCACACAGAAAACCAAGGUCAGGUGACCUCUCCUGGGACAUGUUCCUCACAGAGAACACUGAGAAUACAGCAGUGCUCAUGGCGUCGCUGACUCUUGUGACCCAUUCUGUAUUGGUAUUCACGGGGAUUCUAUCUAUAUUUCUCUUCAACAAGUUCUAUCCUAAUUCUCACAGCUGUUUUUAUAAGACACAGGGAAAUGAGCAGAUUUUAUAAUCUUGGAGAUUUUUAUACACUAAAGCGUUCUAGUUGUCACUGAAAUACAAAUCUUAGAAUUCUUGUCUCAUUUAAAUACUUGUAUAGAGACAGCGUAGAUUUUCAUAUACCUAUUUACAUUGUCACCAAUAAAAUUAAAAAUUAAAGAUGGAAAA